AUGGCCUCCUCCACCUCUUAUCUCUUGCUUCCACUUCCCCACCUCCUCGCUCUCCUGCUCGUUCUCUAUGCCAACCCAGCCGUCAGCUGCUUCAACUCUAUCUUUAGCUUUGGAGACUCCCUCGCCGACACCGGAAACUUUCUCAGCUACGCCAAAGGAAGCAACAUCGGCCGCCUUCCUUACGGCGAGACUUACUUCCACCGUCCCACCGGCCGGUUCUCCGAUGGGCGACUCAUCAUUGACUUCAUUGCACAACGCCUGGGACUGCCUCUCGUGCCGCCGUCUCUACCGGGGCCAGGAGGGCAGGGUUUCCGGCAAGGAACAAACUUCGCGGUGGCAGGAGCGACGGCGCUGGCCAAUGACUUCUUCAGGGCCAAGGGGCUCAACGUUACAUGGACCAGCUAUUCGUUGGGCGUUCAGAUCGAGCAGUUCAAGCAUCUGCUGCCUUCGCUUUGUUCCUCGGAUUCAGAGUGCCAUAAUUUUUUAAACAACACUCUUUUCCUUAUGGGAGAGAUAGGAGGCAACGACUAUAAUUUCCCGUUCUUCCAAGGGAGAACUGUGGGAGAGAUAACCACCUAUGUUCCCAACGUCAUCUCUGCCAUUAGCUCCGCAAUUAAAGUCUUGAUUGAUCUUGGGGUGAAGACAUUGGUGGUACCGGGUAACUUCCCAAUUGGAUGCGUUCCUGUGUAUCUGGGUAUUUUCCAUAAUUCAAGUAGAGGAGACUAUGGUUGCAUCAACUGGUUGAAUAAGUUUUCAAAAUAUCAUAACCAAUUACUCAUAGCCGAGCUGAAAAAACUUCAUCAACUUUACCCCGACGCCACUAUCAUCUAUGCCAAUUACUAUGAAGCAUUGUUGAACAUCGUCCGUUCUCCACAAAAAUUUGGAAUCGAGGUAACUGAGAAAGCAUGCUGUGGUCCAUCUUGUGGAGAUCCGGGGGCCACGCUCUGCAGCGACCCCUCAAAGUAUAUAUCAUGGGAUGGGAUUCACCUAACGGAGGCGGCUUACAAGAUCAUUGCUGAUGGCUUAUUAGAUGGACCAUAUGCGAGUCCUCCAAUAACUCGAGCGCGCUCGGGAUCACUCCUGAUGGCCUCCUCCACCUCUCAUCCAUUGAUUCCACUCUCUCUCCUCCUCGCUCUCCUCUUUCUUUCAAACGCCGACCCGACCACCACCUGCUACACCUCCAUCCUUAGCUUCGGGGACUCCAUUGCCGACACCGGAAAUUUUCUCAACUACACCAACUGGGGCCCAGAAGCCCGGCUUCCGUAUGGCGAGACUUACUUCCAUCAUCCCACCGGGCGGUUCUCUGACGGGAGAAUUAUCAUCGACUUUAUUGCACAAGCCAUCGGAGUCCCACUCGUGCCACCGUAUCUGGCAGGACCCGGCGAUCAUGGCUUCCGGCGUGGGGCGAACUUUGCCGUGGGAGGGGCGACUGCGCUGGAGAACGACUACUUCAGGGCUAGGGGUCUAAAUGUUCGUUGGACCGAGUACUCGUUGGGGACUCAGAUCGAGUGGUUCAAGCAACUGCUGCCUUCGCUCUGCUCCUCCGAUUCAGGAUUUGAGAAACCUUUUGAUGCCUGCUGUGGAGGUGGCGGUCCCAAUAAUUGUGCUAUACAGUGCGGAGAUCCAGGUUUUACAGUCUGCAGCGAUCCAUCAAAAUACGUUAGCUGGGACGGAUCGCACCUAACGGAGGCUGCAUACAGGGCAAUCGCUCUUGGGUUAUUACAGGGAUCAUACACCACUCCUUCCAUGAGCCGAGCAUGCCCGCACAUAGAGCAGUAUGCUGCUAAUCUGCGAAACGCUUCUAGCCGACCACCUGUGCAAACUUACAGUGCUGUUCUUUAGUGAAAAUAAUAACAACAAUAGCAAAAUAAUGAUAAUAAAUGAAUGUAGUUGAAUUUUAAAAAAAAAAUGUAGCACUGUUUUCCUAAAAAAGUAGAGAAAACGACGCCCUAUAUGUACUGUGGCCAUAGGGGGAUGUUCUCACACCUCAAAUAUUAUUUCUGUGCCAUUUACAUCCCACAAACUUGGGAAUUCCACUGUUUGCCACAGUACAGACGUUGUGGUAUUUUAUGGAGAACAAUGUACACUGUUUGACAUUAAUUAUUUGGGUGAUGUUUUCUCUUAUUAUUAUUCUUUAUAAAUGUGAAAGAUUGUCGGAAA